AUGGACAUGGACAUGGACGGCGACCGGGUUGAGUUCCAUCCCGUCAAUCCCGGCUCCAAGACGUUCCACUGGCUCCUCACGCUUGCGCUCCUCUUGAUUGUGCCCUCGUUGUCGCUGGUGUUGGCGUUUGCCAACAAGCUCCACUGGUCAUUGUUCCUCCAGUUCGUGGCCACCGGCUUCUCGGUGUUUGAGUCGAUGUUCCUCGACUUCCCGGACCCCCAGGGCCACGAGAACAGGACGUCCAAGGGCACCAGCUGGUUCCUCAGCGCGUUGUUGGGGGCCACUGUGUUCGUGGGCAGCUUUAUCAACGGGUCCAACUGGGUCAUCAACCGGUUCUACCCCCAUGUCAGGUCCAGCGGCGAGUACGGCUUCUCCUACAAGGCGUACAAGACGCUCUCGGUGUUGGUGGUGCUCACAGGGUGGGUGCGGGUCUGUUUGGCGCCAGUAGCGUUGUUUGGGUUCUGCUACGGGGUCCAUACUGGCCAGUGCAUUGCCCACGGCAUCAUGGGACUGGCGUUCGUGGGCUAUGCUUUCGUGUUGUGCUUCGUGCUCGUGAUUCCCUGGAUCAGACUCCACCAGUUGCACGCUCCUGCCACGGGAGCCGUCCCUGGACGGUCCCAGGAGUUCUACGAUUCGACUCUCAUGUGUGCAUGGGGCAUUGUCAACACCUUCACAGAACAUCGCUGGGGUAGGGAGGCCUGGUCCAUGGGUGACUACCAGCACACGGCCAUGGGCAUCAUCUGGUGGGCUGGUGGGCUCGUGGGCAUGUUUUUGGCCCGCAACAAUCGUCGGACAUUCGUGCCAGCUUUGCUCUUAAUUUUCACGGGAUACUCUAUGUCGCAACAUGCUCAGCACUUGGCCAUUUCCACUAAGGUGCACGGAGUUUUUGGGUUGGCGUUGAUGGGGGCAGGCGCCAGCAGGAUCAUCGAAAUCUCAUUUGUGCUCAACGACAAGCCGUGCACGCCGGACGGACGCAUCGUGUCGUUCCAGUACUUCCCUCCGUUCUGCCUUGCAUUGGCAGGCAUUCUCUUCAUGGCUGCCAACGAGGAACAGUUGCACUUGGUGCACGACUUGGGGGCAGACCAUUCAGCGUACAUCUUGGUGGCCAGCUCGGCAGCGUUCGUGGUGUUUCUCUGGAUUCUUUUGUUGCUUGCGUUGUACUUGAAGUUGGUGGGGUACAAUGAGGAUGGCGAGGUUCUGGGGUACCAGCACAUGGAUGUGGAGGAGUUUGAGUUGGGCGAGUUGAGCGACGAGACGCCGGAGGCGUGA